UCUGAUCCCAGGAGGCUCCUCUCUGACCUGCACCGAGAUGUUCACGCCUCAGAGGGCCGGCAGAACCAGAGUGUUCGCUACUCUGGACUGUUCUGGUCUCAGACAGGUCUCCGGCCAGGCGUCCAUCAACAUCGAGGCCUGAGGAUCACUGCAGCGUUACGGAAACCCAAAGUCUUUCUGCUUCAGAUACACUUUGUCUUAAAUAAAUGGCCUUUUUUAUGUAAAAAAGUAAAUAACUUCUGCUCCCAAACUAUCAACUAGUUUGAUUAUUUUGCAAACCUGAUGAAAUUAAAUUAUAGACUUGAUUUUUUUCUCACUGAAAGAGUUUCAAACACAAAUAUGCAGGAUUUUUUUAUGUUAAAAGAAAGGAAAUUGACAGUGUUAUUUAAUUUAUCAAUUUAAAUCAGAGGGAUUUUUGCUUUGAAUGUUUAUUUUCCAUUAAAAAAA